GAGAUAAUCAGGUACGCAGAGGCUUCAGCGUUGAUGUCUUCCUCGCUUCUCAAUGGCAUUUCUGGUGUCCACCUCUGGAGUCUCCUUGGCCAGCCUUGAAACACUUUGAAAUUAAACAGAGAAGCCACUGCAUAUAUUCUUGAAAAUUUCCACAGUCUAUGCCCAGAACUUUCUGAAUAAGCAUAAGGAUUUGAAGGUGCUAACAGAGCAGGGAGCAAGCCAAAGGGACAGUGGUAGGUGUGGAAAGGCCAUGGACUAUCCACCAACCAGAAAAUCACCGCUGGAGUAACUGGGAAGUGUCUGAAUGUAGGCUGCAGAAGUCCUGAAGGUUGAUGGAGGGCCAUGCUAUUCAAACAGCAGGCGUGGCUGAGACAGAAGCUCCUGGUGCUGGGAAGCCUUGCUGUUGGGAGUCUCCUGUAUCUAGUCGCCAGAGUUGGGAGCUUGGAUAGGCUACAACCCAUUUGCCCCAUCGAAGGCCGAUUUGGAGCCCGUGGUCAAGCUGAAUUCCCCUUGCGUGCCCUGCAGUUUAAGCGCGGCCUGCUGCACGAGUUCCAGAAGGGCAACACUUCCAAGGAGCAGGUGCACCUUCAUGACCUGGUCCAGCAGCUCCCCAAGGCCAUUAUCAUCGGGGUGAGGAAAGGAGGCACGAGGGCCCUGCUUGAGAUGCUGAACCUCCAUCCGGCAGUGGUCAAAGCCUCUCAAGAAAUCCACUUUUUUGACAAUGAUGAGAAUUACGCCAAGGGCAUUGAGUGGUAUAGGAAAAAGAUGCCUUUUUCCUACCCUCAGCAAAUCACAAUUGAAAAGAGCCCAGCAUAUUUUAUCACAGAGGAGGUUCCAGAAAGGAUUUACAAAAUGAACUCAUCCAUCAAGUUGUUGAUCAUUGUCAGGGAGCCAACCACAAGAGCUAUUUCUGAUUACACUCAGGUGCUAGAGGGGAAGGAGAGGAAGAAUAAAACUUAUUACAAGUUUGAGAAGCUGGCCAUAGACCCCAAUACCUGCGAAGUAAACACAAAGUACAAGGCAGUAAGAACCAGCAUCUACACCAAACAUCUGGAAAGGUGGUUGAAAUACUUUCCAAUUGAGCAAUUUCACAUCGUCGACGGAGAUCGCCUCAUCACGGAACCCCUGCCAGAACUUCAGCUUGUGGAGAAGUUCCUAAAUCUUCCCCCAAGGAUAAGUCAAUACAAUUUAUAUUUCAAUGCUACCAGAGGGUUUUACUGCUUGCGAUUUAACAUUAUCUUUAAUAAGUGCCUGGCGGGCAGCAAGGGGCGCAUUCAUCCAGAGGUGGACCCCUCUGUCAUUACCAAAUUGCGCAAAUUCUUUCACCCUUUCAAUCAAAAGUUUUACCAGAUCACUGGGAGGACAUUGAACUGGCCCUGAAAUACUAAGUCAUACAACACUGUGUGUUGUGCCUGGAGACACACAAUGUCUCGUCUAGAUUAAAAUAUGCACUUUUCCUAGACACAACUGUCCAACUCAUUUUUUCAUGUAUACUUGUAUAUACGCAGUGUGUGACCAAAUAUAAGAUCAGUUCUUUUUCUAUUGAAAAUUUACAAAAAACGAUCUGCUAUCUACAUAGUUGCAUCUUUUAAGCUAUUUACAAGAAGAGGUGGUGGUUUGGGGGGAAAGUGACUUCAGCUGUUCUUAAAGAGUUAGUCUUCCUUUCAGUCAGAAUUUGUCGCCUGCCAUUUUCAAAGAUUUAAGCCAAAAGAUUAACGUGUGAAAAUGUACCAAUGGCUGUGAAGCUUCAGGAAGUAGAGGAUUUGGUAAUGCAUUCUUUUCUAAGGGAAAGCUGGCUCUUUAAUUCAGAUGCUGAAUUGGUGCCAUGAAAACAGAAGAUACUAUUUUCUUAUUAUUUAAAAGAAUGUCUUAGCUCAUGAAAUUGACAUCGUUCCAAAGUUCCUGUGGUGAUUUUGCACUAUCAUUUCUCAUAUGGACCAUGGUGUCACUCGUAGCAUGUCAAUCACACGUUGGAAAGUCAAGUCCUUUUACUUCCAUGUUCUAUGUCAACAAAGAGAAAUGUCAUGUACAUAAUGUAUAUUGUUGUAAAUACUGGUUUCACACUAAGUAAUUCUAUUUUAUAAACUGAAUAUGGCUAUUUAAUUUAUUGUGAAAAUUAAAUUUAUCGUGGUAUUUAAAAAAUGGAAUGGAUUAAAAUUAACUCUAUGUGCAA